AUGGCGAGCCUUGUCGCUAUCCUUGAUGUCAAGGGAAAGUCCCUCAUCCAGCGGUCGUACCGCGACGACGUGCCGACGUCGUAUGUCGAGCGGUUCAUCCCGCUUGUGCUCGACAUGGAGGAGGAGAACGUUACCGUCCAGCCAUGCUUCUCCGACGAGGGCAUCAACUACAUGCACAUCCGACACAACAACCUCUACCUCCUUGCCAUGUCCAAGCGCAACUCGAACGCUGCCGAGAUCAUCCUCUUCCUGCAUCGCCUGGUAUCGGUGCUGACCGAGUACUUCAAGGAGGUGGAGGAGGAGUCUAUCCGCGACAACUUUGUCAUCAUCUACGAGCUGCUCGACGAGAUGAUGGACUUUGGCUUCCCGCAGACGACCGAGUCCAAGAUUCUCCAGGAAUACAUUACGCAGGAGUCGCACAAGCUCGAGGUGCAGGUGCGCCCGCCCAUGGCCGUCACCAAUGCCGUCUCGUGGCGUUCCGAGGGCAUCCGUUACCGCAAGAACGAAGUGUUCCUCGACGUUGUCGAGUCGGUCAACAUGCUCGUCAAUGCGUCUGGCAACGUUAUCCGUUCGGAGAUUCUGGGUGCCGUCAAGAUGAAGUGCUACCUCUCGGGAAUGCCCGAGCUGCGCCUGGGUCUCAACGACAAGGUCAUGUUUGAGAGCACCGGCCGGAGUGCGCGCGGCAAGUCGAUCGAGAUGGAGGACGUCAAGUUUCACCAAUGUGUCCGUCUGUCGCGGUUUGAGAAUGACCGCACCAUCAGCUUUAUCCCGCCCGACGGCGAGUUUGAGCUCAUGUCCUAUCGCCUGUCCACACCGGUCAAGCCGCUUGUGUGGGUCGAGGCGUCGGUCGAGUCGUACCGCGGCUCCCGUGUAGAGUACAUGGUCAAGGUCCGUGGCCAGUUCAAGCGCCGCUCAACAGCCAACAAUGUCGAAAUCUAUGUUCCCGUCCCAGGCGAUGCCGACAGCCCCAAAUUCCGUGCGGCUACAGGUUCGGUCGUGUACGCUCCCGAAAAGUCGUGCUUCAUCUGGAAGAUUAAGCAGCUGGGUGGUGGCAAGGACUACCUCAUGCGCGCACACUUUGGACUGCCGUCCGUCGCUGGCGAGGACCUCGACAAGCGCGCACCUAUAUCGGUCAAGUUUGAGAUUCCCUACUUUACCACCUCGGGCAUCCAGGUGCGCUACCUCAAAAUCGUCGACCGCAGCGGAUACACGGCGCUCCCGUGGGUCCGAUACAUCACCACUGCCGGCGACGACUAUGUGCUGCGCACUAUCUCCGACUCAAAGUCGAGCAGUAUCAUUGCGCCCCUGUAA